GGAGCUUCAUCUUUAAUGUCGCGAUUGAAAACUCGAUCCCAGGAUAAUUUGUAGUCAAGGAAAGGAAUUUGUACCCAUUUCUUGAAAGAAUCCAUCAUGUUCCCGCAGAGGGACAUCAGUUUCACUUUCCUUUCACUUAAAUCGGAGCCAAAGGAUUUGAAAUGACUCCUGGUUGACCAUUGCAGUUGUCAGACUGUGCCAUGUACAUGUCAAUUCUGUUUCGGAAAUGUCUCGGGUAACAUCAUGUCUCACGCACCAAGAUCGGAAGCAACUGUCCCAGCUUCUCGGGAAUGUAAACUUACAUUUACUUCAUAAAGCGAGUGUCCAUGGUUUCAGUGGGAAAUCUAUCCAAAUCAGAUGUGAAAAGCAAGGACCAACAUUAACUGUCGGGUACAAUAAGGCUGGUUACAUUUUUGGAGGUUACACAAGUGAAGAUUUUAAGCCUAAUGAAGUAGCUCAGGAUGAUAAGGCCUUUCUCUUUCGACUCUGCAGCGAGGCAAGGGGCGAGCCAUUAAAGUUUCCUGUGAAGCCAGGUUCCAGAUCUAUUCAGAUGUCGAAUUCUGGUCCCAUUUUCGGAGGUCUUGGGUUUAUGCAGCAUGGCAAUAAGAUCGAAAACAAUUCUGACCAGUCCUUCAGUUUCACUAAGCGUGACCUGUAUGGCGGUGAUGUCGAGCUAGUAGAAUGCGAGAUUUACCAAGUGGAAGAUUUAAGAGCUCCCUGGAGAAGUCUAACUUGGACGACAGAGAGAAGACAAGAAUUGAUGGACAGCAUUAAGAACUUUAAGCUGUAUGGAAGUUCUGUACCUAAAGCACAGGCUUUACUAAUUGGACCAGUCGGUGGAGGCAAGUCUAGCUUCAUCAACUCUGCCAAUUCAGUUUUCCGUGGCUAUGUUACUAGUCAAGCUUUGGCUGGAAGUGGAGUAACAACAAUGUACUCAAAGUACUCCUUCAGAGAAAAGGAUGGCAAAUGCCCCCCUCUUAUUCUCUGUGAUACAAUGGGACUUACAGAAGGCACAGACUCUGGGAUACACAGUGAUGAUAUUUUCAACAUAAUCGAAGGACGUGUUCCGAACAAAUAUCAGUUUAAAGCAACUUUGCCAAUUCAGUCGGAUACCAAGAGCUGCGUUAAAUCUGUGCCUGUCACUGAGAAGAUACACUGUGUUGUGUAUGUGCUUGAUGCCAGCAAAGGCACCAUCCUCUCUAACAAAAUGGAAAAGAAAAUUUGUGCCAUUCGCUCACAAAUAAAUCGGUUUGACAUACCGCAGAUUGUUUUGUUAACCAAAGUGGAUAAAGAGUGCUCCCUGGUUUGGAAGAAUGUGGAAAAUGUCUAUGGGAGUGAUCUCAUUGAAAAACAGGUGUUGGAAGUUGAGAAGCAACUCAGUAUUCCAGUUACAUGCAUAAUUCCAGUGAAAAAUUAUUGGUCAAGUCAUGAUCUAGAUUGUGCUACAGAUAUUUUAAUACUGUCUGCACUGCAGCAAAUGUUACGAUAUGCAGAUAGUUUUUUGGAGAACCUUGGUAAUUCAUCUCCAGCGUAGUAGAUAUGUUUCUAACUGCUCUGUCCCAUUUUUCCUCUGAUAGUAACUCAAUAGUUUCCCCUCGAGUCGGAGUGAACUAAAAAACUUGUUAACAAUCUUUUCCACUUGCAUCUCUGCCUUCUCACAGUCUUCACUGAAUCACAGAAUUUUAAUGGCACAGAAGGAAGUCAUUCAGCCCAUCGGGUUUGUACUGGUUCUCCAAAUAAUUAUUAUGACCUAGUGCCAUUGUCCUGCUUUUCCCUGUACCCCUGCACAUUGUUUCUAUUCAAACAAUCAUCCAAUACCCUCUUGAAUGCCUCGAUUGAACUUGCCUCCACCACACUUCCAGGCAGUGCAUUCCAGACCCGAACAUCCUGUUGUGUGCAGAAUUAUUUAAUUAAAUGUAAAUUAGAGAGAUACUAUGGUUGAUAGUGUAAGGAAAGAGUUCAUCAGACUGCUGUAAUGUCUGUUAAUGUUGGACCCCUGCUGAUUUCUCCCUACAUUGUAGUAAGUUUAGCAUUUGACAAAGAUCAAUAAGGAAGUAUAGGCAUUUUGAUCCACUGAACUGUUGAAUUAAGACUGACCUUAAAGCAAUGGUCAGUUUAAGAUCUAGUUAAAAGACACUGAGCGGAAUCUUUUGUUCUGGAGGAGAAGUUUGGCGGUAGGAACAGAAGUGAGCAACACUCCCACUUGGGGGCAGGAUGGCUUUUCUCAUGUGAUUAAUUGGUGGUCAGUGCGUUAAAUUUUCAUGCAAGAGCAGCACAGCAAAUUCUGCUGUGGGGUCAGGCAGGAUGUCGACACUCAUGCCACUUCCUGCUCUGCUGGACCUGUUUUGUCCAUUUCUGUGACCACCUCACUGACCC